AUGAAGUCUUUAGAAAGUAUCCUAGAAAAUGUUACCCACGCCAACAAACGAACUAAGAAGCUCAGACGUUAUAUUGUUGUAGAAGCUGUUUAUCAGAAUUCUGGCCAGAUUGCUCCAUUGGAUGAGAUCAUUAAAUUGAAAGAGAAAUAUCUUUUUCGUGUGAUACUUGAUGAAAGUAACUCAAUUGGAGUUCUUGGGAGGUCUGGUAGAGGCCUAACUGAACAUUUCAAAGUUCCAAUCGACAAGGUGGAUAUUGUGACUGCUGCAAUGGGACACGCAUUAGCUACUGAAGGAGGAUUUUGCACUGGGAGUAAUCGAGUGAUCGAUCACCAGCGUCUCAGUAGUUCCGGUUAUGUGUUCUCUGCUUCUUUGCCUCCUUAUCUGGCAAGUGCUGCAAUCACUGCUCUUGAGUUGUUGGAAGAAAAUCCAAAUCUCCUCACAAAGUUGAAGGAGAAUGUUACUGCUCUGCGUAAAGGUUUAUCUGAUGUACAUGGCCUUGAGAUAGUCAGUGAUCCAGAAUCACCAAUGGUUUUUCUGAGACUCAAGAAGUCCACAGGAUCCUUGAAGGGUGAUCUUCGAGUGCUCCAAGAUAUAGCAAAUCAUUUACUGAAAGAACACUCGGUUUUUGUUGCGACUACCAAAAGGUCUACGGUGGACAAAUGCAAGUUACCUGUCGGGAUCAGAUUAUGUGUGUCUGCUGCCCAUACAGAAACCGAUCUGCAGAAAGCAUGCGAUUCUUUGAAAAUAACCACUGCCCUUGUAUUGACCGGUCAAUAA